AUGUUCAUGUGCAUUGGCGCAUUUCUGGGAAGCACCUUCAUUCAUGGUCUGCUUGGUUUCCCUCCAGUGCAGGGUCUUGCAUUGUUAGGUGGUGCUGUGUGGAGUAUAGGCAACGCUUUUGUACUCCAGAUAAUGAAUCAUUUGGGCAUGGCACUUACCACUCUCGUAUGUAGCGUGCUCUCAUGCUUAACAGGAUGGGCGACGUCAAGAUACGGACUGCUCGGUCUGCCUGCAGCUGUGCCUGCAAGUGUGGCAUUAAACUACUUCGGGAUAAUUCUGCUUCUGAUAGGGUAA